AUGAGAAUUACCCUGUGCUCCUUAGGAUAUACGAAAAGACGUGUGGCAAGUGUGGCAAGGGUGGAAGCAACAGCUAUGAGAAUUCGCUUUGUUGUGAUGGCUUUUGGUAGCCUUUUCUUUCUAACUUACCUGGUAAAAUGUAUUGAUUCAAGGAAAGUUUACAUCGGGUAAGUCAAAGCGUACUCAACUCGCAAUGUAUUGCAAAUAACACCUGAAGUUUUGAUGGAAAGAUAAAAUGAUUUCGAGGAAUGAGACCCUAAGUGCAUGUAUUUGCCAAAUGCUGAGUUACUUGUAUCGUGACAGAAACCAAAAAUUAUCAGUUGGGCUUGGAAGAAAAACAACAAAAUAGGAAUCAGAUGUAAAUUAGGUAAAAAUGGGGAUUCGUGAACAAAGGAAAGGAGCUUUAGGAGUGCUUCAGUCUACAAGAGUUGUAUCAUCUUCAUGUUUUAUUAAUCAUGAGCUUUUGUUUUGUUCUGUUUUUUUUUCAAACAGGCACAAAGUUUUGAGAGUCAUUCCCAAGACAAAGGCACAGGUUGAUUUUCUCCGGUCACUUCACAGCUUUUUUAACAAUGAAGUUGUAAGUAGACGUUCUGUGCCUGCUCAACUUAGUCGAGAAUAUAUAAUGAACGAGAGCUUGAAGCGUGGGAAAACCCAAGCGAGCAAGUCUCGAUUGCAAUUAGGUUUGAAUCUGAUUGGUUACAGGGAUGAUAAAAGUUUUCUGGAUAAAUCACAGCGUGAAUUAAAGCAAACCCUAAGCAGAGGGUGUCAAUGGGGUCGACCGUUAGCCGUAAAACGGAAGAAAAUUAAUGAAUAACGAAAAAUUUUAACCGUUAGUAGCGAUUAAAGUUAACCGUAAAAAAAUGUUCUUUUAACCGCACAGAAGAAGUUAAUCGUUAGCCGUAAAAUGGCUUAAAUUUUAUCAGUUAACCGUAAAAGCCUUCACCCCAUUGAGACCCUCCAAGCAAUUGCGGAUCAUUUUCGACUUUUAAUUAAAAAUUGAGGAAAAACACAUGUUUUUUAAAACCAUGUUUAAAAAUAACUACGUUUCAUAAAACUUGUUUAAGUUGGUGUGAACAGGGCAAAAUGACUUAAAACAUUUAAAUGUACGCAAGAGCAUAUAUCACAGACAAGACAGGAGUGUAUCUUCUGUUUUUAAAGGUGGAUUUUUGGACACACUCUUCGCUUCGAGGAACACCUGUUGACAUUCGUCUCGCCCCAGGACAAGUUUAUAGAAACAUAACCUCUUUGUUAAAUAGUCAUAACAUCAAGUUUCAAGUCCAAAUAUCCGACUUACAGUCAGCUAUUAAAAGAAAAAACCGAAACUGGCGUAAUAAACGUGAAGAGUCUUCGUGGUUUGAGAAAUACCAUACCCUGGCAGAGGUAGGUGACAAAGAAAGAAAAGCGUGAAAUACAAUCGAGCCUAUCGAGUUUUAGCAUAGUUGUCGGUAGACACUCACGGGCAAGAGCGACCUAUGAUCACUCUUGAAUGGAUGAGCUAGGACUUCUCGAUCUCCUUCUUUCCAGUAUGAGAGGAAGUAGUGACUGCAACUCUGACAUAUAAUAGUCUGAAUAAUAAUGAGGAUCGAAAAACACCAAUGGCAGCAUCGGCACCAAAACAUACAAAUAACAGCUUUCCGGAUAAGGAGUAGAGCUGUCAGAACGUCGUAAUCAAUACAGUUGACAGUCAAACUCUUCAUCAUGAGACAAACGAUGAACUACAAUAUUUUCUAUAACACUGAAUUUCACUUAAAGAAAUCACAUUCUAGUCACUUAUCGAAACGAUUUCUCACAAAGUCCGAAGAAGUAGCUCAGGUAUCUUUCCUUAACUUGACGCAUAUUUGCGUUCACUCGAGCUUUCUGUUAACGCUGUGUGAAUAUUUUGUAUGCGUUUUAAACGUAUUGUACACAGUGUCUGUGCUGAUUUAUCUGACUUGGCUGCGACUUGCAACCGAACGAAAUAAAAAAGUGAGGCCAUAAUUUCAACUCGGGCGUUUUCUUUGGAAAGCCCGAGUAAUAGUUGUAGCUAAAUGACCUCACGCCUUAUUAAGGAUGCCAUAAAAAUCUCAUGGAGCAUCAUCGUUGUACCAACGUUAACUGAGAAAAUCCAAUUGUAUUUUGAGAAGAUUUGCAUGGACAAUGAUGGUAGAGAUUUGGCAAAAAGGAAAUCAUAUAUAACUUACUUUUUUUAUGAUAUCAGUAUUGUAAGGUUUUUCGUCUCAAGUAUAGCAGAGCUGAAACAAUAUGAGCACUGUAACUUUUGUCUCUCUUAGAAAAUAUUGAACUUUCCUUUUAAGAUUUUUUCCAAAUUAGAAGAAACUGCUGCCAGGUUUAAGGAGAGAGUGCGCAUGAUCACAUUUGGAAAGUCCUACGAGGGAAGACAACUGAAAGCUGUUGAGGUAAAUUUUAAUUUAAUUAAUGAUACUUUUCAUUUAUCUUAGCCCAAAAAUAACCAUGUCGUCUACAAACUGUGCGAAAAAGACAUCCCAAGUAUUGGACAGGAGCUGUAUAUAACGCGAAAUUCUGAUUAAAUCCUUUUUAACACUAAAAUUGUCUCAAUUUGGGUUCAUAUUUGUUCUCUCCAGAGCUGUUUAAACUGUAUCUUUUAUCAACGCAAUCUUCCCUUUGAUUGAUAUCAUGUAUCAAUUUUUCCACUUAUUUGUUAGAUCGGAUCAACUCUACAUAUCCCUAAGCCACUGGUUUUUAUCAACUGUGGAAUUCACGCCAGAGAGUGGGUUUCCCCAGCAACAUGUAUGUAUAUCAUAGACCAGGUAAGAAUUAUGAGCGGAUGAGCUAGUUUGCUUUUAACCACAGGGACACUACCUGAUUUAUUUUCCUUUCUCUUCACAGCUUACCUCCCGAUAUUCAGAUGACAUAACGGUACAACAAGUGUUGAACAAAGUUGAUUUUGUUAUCAUGCCUGUUUUUAAUGUGGAUGGUUACGUUUAUACAUGGGGAAAGGUAAGAUGAAGCCGGAAGACAGUCAUUGUAAGGCACUAGUCAUGUAUCAACGCCCGAAGGGGCAGCAGGGGAUUCAGCAUUUUUUUUGGGGGGGGGGGGGGAAAACAUGGUUUUCAGGGGGAACGAGGGAACGGGAGAACGGGAGAAUGGGAGAAUGGGAGAAUGGGAGAACGAGAGAAAGGGGAACUGGAGAACGGGGAAACGGAGAAACGGAGAAACGGAGAAACGGAGAAACGGAGAAACGGAGAAACGGAGAAACGGAGAAACGGAGAAACGGAGAAACGGAGAAACGGAGAAACGGAGAAACGGAGAAACGGAGAAACGGAGAAACGGAGAAACGGAGAAACGGAGAAACGGAGAAACGGAGAAACGGAGAAACGGAGAAACGGAGAAACGGAGAAACGGAGAAACGGAGAAACGGAGAAACGGAGAAACGGAGAAACGGAGAAACGGAGAAACGGAGAAACGGAGAAACGGAGAAACGGAGAAACGGAGAAACGGAGAAACGGAGAAACGGAGAAACGGAGAAACGGAGAAACGGAGAAAUGGAGGAGCGGGGGAACGGAGAAACGGAGAAACGGAGAAACGGAGAAAUGGAGGAGCGGGGGAACGAGGGAACGGGAGAACGGGGGAACGGGGGGGCAUCAGUUGCUGCUAACAGAGUAUCAAGGGGAACUAAAGAAAGUUUACUGCUAUUGAGUCUUAUCGGGGAAUCAGGUAAAAUUUUGAUGUGACAACAUAAAUCCUCCAACUUCUCCCUACCCCCUCCAGUGAUGAAUAGCUAUGCAGAUCGAGGUGGCGAGGGCGAACGGAACACGACACGAUGUAGGUUCAAGCAAAGAACUUGAAAUCAUGAUUAAUGAAAUACUUGCAUUUGUAAAUUACUUGUAAAAUUGUGAGAAGUACAAGGAAUUGUUACAAAUAGAUAACGAGGAUCUAUACAUGAUAUAAUUACUCAAAACAUUAGUAAUAGCUACUUUGUAAUGUAUUAUUGAUGAUGAAAUCUCAGUACUACGUUGUGGAGAUGAAGAAAAUUCCCAAAAGUAUAAUUUUUUUCUCUAAAAUGAAAUUACCAUUGAAGAGAGGCUAAAAAUUCUAGAACUUAUGAGAAUGAUGAGUCAAAACGAAGUGAAACAAAUUUGUGGGUGAAAAUUGGAAAAAAACAAUCCAACAACUAGUACACAAAAUACACUUAAUUUACCUGUUUAUUGUUCACAGGACCGCAUGUGGCGGAAGAGUAGAAGUUUGAACCCAGGCUCCCAAUGCGUUGGUGCUGAUCUCAACCGAAACUGGGGUUUCAGGUGGGGUGGUACGUAAAACGUCUUCUCUCAACUACCAGAAGAAAAAAAAUACGAAAUUGUAGCUGAAACCAUUGGCUUACAGAUAGAAGGACAACAAUAGUAGAGUAUAUGAAACACGCCUUUUUGUCACAUAUUUUUGGCCAAAUAUGUGGGGUAAAAUAUUUCAAUUAUUUUUAUUUUCCACCGGCCAAUGUUUCCUUCUUUUACCGUAUUUAGCUGUAGGGGGCUACAGGGUGGUGUGCUAACCCUGUGAGUGCUUUAAUUUAUUUAAAGGAAAAAGUUGUCGACCAAAUUCCUGUAUUUCUUUUUUCUUUUUAAAUUAAAAUGGACCCAAAUAUCCAAACAUCAAAUAACAAUUACACAAAAAAUCUGCAUGUUGCGACGCGUUUUCAUGCCUUUGAGAGAAAUUCAAAUUGUGUGAAACUAUCUGAAAAGGUAAUCAUCUUGGAAAACGCAAAAACUGACUUUCUCAAAAUUUUUUACUUUUCUUUCAUUAUUCAGAACCUGGCGCAAGCAGCCAUCCCUGCAGUGACAGUUACCAUGGAAACAGCGCGAUGUCAGAAGAAGAAGUGCAGGCUGUUGCCAAGUAUCUCGAGUCCUUAGGGAGAAGAUUGGUGGCUUUCCUAGACAUCCAUUCUUACAGUCAGAUGUUAAUGUUUCCUUGGGGCUAUACAAAGGCACAUUGUAAAGACUACUUAGAACUGGUAAUAAUUCUUUAGGGGGCAUCAUAGGGCUAUCUUCGAGUUUUCCCUUUUUUUCAGGGGUACUUGUGAAUAUUUAGGUGUUGGUUUUUCAAAUUUUGGUUACAUUUCAAAGUUCAUUUAUCAUAUCGACCGUUCGGCCCCGCGCGGUUUUCUCCAAAAAAGAUUUUAAAACAAAAUGUGGUAUUGAGGAAGUGCUGGCUGCAAGCAGAAAGAAAACGCAAAGAAAGAGAAAGACCAGUGGUCAUAUAAAAGAAAAAAAAUGAAAAAAAUACGAACAAAUAAAUUCGAGCGCUUACUUCGUGACCCUGCGCCACACAUUUUUCCGUUCAGCCCUCCGACUCAUUUCAUAAGUACAAGAUCCAUAAAUUAGUCAACACCUUAAACCUUAAGAGUGACGAGCAUCUAAUUUCUCCCAACAUUAUUUCCCCUGAAUCACACAUCAAGGUCAUGAGAAUGAAGGAAAUAAUCUCCAACGAAAAAAGCUUUUGAUCGGUAAACAAAUUCUCCUUGUCAGUACCUUGGGAACUGUAUAAAGAACAGUAUGGAGAAUAUGCAUUCUGAUAUAAGGGUGUAAAGGGUUAACAUAAAUGCAAAAUUUCGCGCGAUUGUAAGUAAGUACCUCAUUAAUUGGGAUGGAUUUGAGGUCGCCCACAUCAAAGAACACAGUGGUCUCCUGGUUAGCGCGUUGGACUCUGGAUUGAGCAAUCCUUGUUCGAGUGAACCCUGCUACAGCCUUUGACAGUUCUCCUGGCAGUGAAAUGCCAAGGAUACGUUAAUGGAACCCGGAGGGGUAAGAAAUUCAUCGAGUUUUUGCUUUUUGUUUAUUUUUUCACAACUCCUUUUCAGAUGCGAGUGAGCAAAGCUGUGGUGGACGCGAUCAAAACGAAAGGAGGCGACAACACCAGCUAUGUAUUUGGACAAACAUCUGACAUCCUAUGUACGUACUUUAUUUAAUUAAUGAUGACAGGAAACGAUAGAAACAAUUCUGGGAUUAUAUUGCUUUUGUAUUUUGCUUCACUUUGAAAUUAUUCCUAACAUACACGUUACUCACAAACACGUGAAUUGCAAUGUCUUAAAUUUUUAUAAUUUUUAGAAGUAAGCUAGGACUGAAUCGCUUUGCGAUUGAUUCUGAAAGCACGUUUUGCUUUCUCAAACAAUCAGAGGAGGGGCUUCGCGCCUUAUUUACUAGCCUAUAUUUAAUUUGAGUUCUCACUGGCUGCUUAUGAAAAUUCCCGUGCUCUGAUUGGCUAUUGAGGAAACUUUGGUCUUAUGACAUGUAAUCGAAUAGCACCUUGGGUGACCAAACCAUGAUUUGUUUUCUUGUAUUCCAAAAAUUGAUAUUUUCGGGUGGCAUUGCAAAGUUCCAAACCAUUUAGCUGUGCCUCAGAACGAAAGCUUUCAUUUCUUUAAAUUUUACAGCUUUACCUCCACCUGUAUUUCAAAUUAGAGGUGUUUUACAGUAGUAGUUUAUAUAAUUUUGUAAUCAUCUUGCAGAUAUCGAAUCAGGAACGAUGAAGGAUUAUCUUUAUGGGCAUUUAAAAGUAAAAUACACAUUUUCGAUGGAACUAAGAGACACUGGAAGACACGGCUUCCUUCUUCCUACCAGGUUAAUAGUUCCCACAGCAAGAGAAGCUUUUGAAGGAAUCAAAGCUUUGGUAUUGAAUAUGCAGUUAAACGAUCAAUGA